CGCCGGCCGCGCCAGUGUCCGCCAGACUGCCGAGCGCGCCGGGCCUCCCGCUCCCCGCGCCUCGCUCGGCCAUAACGCGUUCCGUGAUCGACACCUUCCAAAACUCGACCGUCGCGAGUGCAUUAUGACACUAGUGAGCUAGCGGGCCGCUGUGACGGUGUCAAUAAUUGAUGUGUAAGUGUUCACGUGCUUGUGUGGUGUGUUAGCUUGGGCCCGUGACGAAAAACGUUCGUGGUGGCCAGCGGAGCCUUGCACCCGGGCUCGGGCCGAGCGUUCAUGGCUCAGCCUAGGUACGACGAGAGCCUCCACGGCGGGGGUUACAUGGAGGGCGGCGCGAUGUACCACGAGCAUCGGCUCGCGCACCCCCACAUACCCCCCGUGCACUACCCCCCGCCAGCUGCGCCUGCGCACGCGCUGCCAGGCGAGCCACUCGUCCACAAACGCGACAAGGACGCGAUAUAUGGGCAUCCCCUCUUCCCCCUCCUGGCGCUGAUCUUCGAGAAGUGCGAGCUGGCGACAUGUACCCCCCGGGAUCCGGGCGUGGCCGGCGGAGACGUCUGCUCAUCAGAGUCCUUUAACGAAGACAUUGCGGUCUUCAGUAAACAGAUACGUCAAGAGAAACCUUAUUACAUAGCGGACCCAGAGGUGGACUCAUUAAUGGUGCAAGCGAUACAGGUCCUACGGUUUCACCUAUUAGAAUUAGAAAAAGUGCACGAGCUAUGCGACAAUUUCUGUCACCGCUACAUCAGCUGUCUGAAGGGCAAGAUGCCCAUCGACCUGGUGAUCGACGAGCGAGAGUCCGCACGGCCGCCUGACACCAACGGCGAGCCGCGCUCCGCGCCCGACAGCAGCCACGACGGCGCCUCCACGCCCGACGUCAGACCGCCGUCGUCGUCGUUGUCCUAUGGUGGUGCGGUAAACGAUGAUGUCCGCUCCCCGGGCUCCGGUGGCACACCAGGGCCCCUCAGUCAGCCCCCGCCGCAGACCCUCGACGCGACAGAUCCAGAUGCCAUGGGCAAAUGGUGUGGUUCGAGGCGGGAGUGGUCGUCACCCCCGGACGUAGCGCGGCGGGUGUACUCCUCCGUGUUCCUGGGCAGCCCCGGUGAGUACCCAGGCGAUGCCAGUAAUGCGAGUAUCGGAUCAGGAGAGGGAACGGGGGAGGAAGAUGAUGACACGAACGGAAAGAAAAAUCAAAAGAAACGGGGCAUCUUCCCGAAGGUAGCCACCAAUAUCCUGCGAGCGUGGCUCUUUCAACAUUUAACACAUCCGUACCCAUCGGAGGAUCAGAAGAAACAGUUGGCACAAGAUACAGGGUUAACGAUACUACAAGUAAAUAAUUGGUUUAUCAACGCAAGACGUAGGAUAGUUCAACCUAUGAUAGACCAGUCCAAUAGAGCAGUUUUCUACCCGGCAGUGUUCCCGCACGCGGGUCCCAGCGGCGCGUACAGCCCGGAGGCCACCAUGGGCUACAUGAUGGACGGGCAACAGAUGAUGCACAGGCCUCCCACCGACCCAGCGUUCCACCAGGGCUACGCGCACUACCCCGCCGAGUACUACGGCCAUCAUCUUUAAUCCGCGCACUUGUACAUAUAUGAAUAGAACAUCGUUAGGCCUUACUCGGGCGAGCCGAGGCCGAAUACGCGAACACGAACAAGGCGCCGAGCCGCCCCGCGCGGCCCUGCGCUUGCGCACACGUGAUACGAAUAAACAGGAGAACGAUGCUAAAUGUACAUAAAGCGAAACAUUUUGUAAUAUUUGAAACAGUAUACGAUCUCCUAAAUUAAGAUUUAAAGUCAACUUUAAUGUUUAAAUUAAUGUAAAUUAACGCGAUGUGAUUCUAUGGACGCUGUAAUAUACAUAUGUGACCAUCUUAUAUCAAUAAUGCAGUUUUAUCACUCGGAAACAUAGGAGCAGAGAUGAAUGCAACAAUAAAAUCAGUUUGAUAGUUAUCGUAUAAAUAUUUAUAGCUAAUUGUGUAUUGUUAUUACGUAAAUAUAAAUAAAUAAUUAAUUAGUUGUAAGAUGUAACUAUCACUGGAAGUACUGGGCGCGGACGUCGUACAUUGAGGUUUUUGUUUUUGUAGUUGAUUAAAUAGAUUUCUGUGUAUUGCGGACACGUAUAUCGAGGCUGACGACGUCGCCGGACGAUUCGAUUUCAGCCGAGACGAGGCCGAGUUACGUUGAACGCGUGUAUCGCCCUCGUCGUGUGCCGGCCUCGACAUAAAUUGGGAUCAACCAUCGGUUACUUUAAAUGUUUAAUCACAAACAAAUUCAAUCAUUAAUUUAUUCGAUCGUAAAGCUCAAAACGUACGUCUAAGGAAAUGUCAAUUUGCACGGAGAAUAUUUUGAUUACCCAGUUUUAGAUUUUGCUUUACAGGUAAAGUACAUAUCUUCGAAAUAUAUAUAUAUAUAUUAUAGUAUAUAUUUAUUAUAUAUUGGUAUCGGAUAUCAUAGUUUCACCUUGCCUUGGUGUUCAAUAAUGUAGCACAAUUUGUAACCAACGUAUACGAUAAAUUAAAUGAUAUUUUACACUGUUGAAAGCGAUGAGAUUUUUAGCUGUAUUUUGUCUCGAUACCUGACAUUGCCUUCUAAUUUAAAGAAGACCUAAUGUUUAAAAACCAAGUUAGAUGCUACGAUAUUGUAGUGUUUCAAUAACACAAACAAAUACGAGUAUACAAUUUUAAAUUUGUCAUUAAUGUGAAAUUGAUAUCGUUAUCUAAAGACGCGCCAAAAUUUAAGUCGAAUCCUAUACGUCAGUUAAAUUUGACAGGUGCGUGGCGCGUUUUUUGACAACGAACACGUUCCGUGGGGUUGUCAUGAUAAAAAAAAAAAUGUUUUACUUUUAAUAUUUUGUUAUCUGUAUUUUAUAUUUAUCUAUAUAGUGUAUUAUCCACGGAACCAAAAGAGAUAUUUUAGUCUUUUCAAGAAAUCAAGGGUAAUGUAUUAUUACCAGCCUUAAGCCAAGUAUACGAAUGGAGCUUUUUAAAAUUUGACGAAAAAAAUUUGAAAAUGGUAUUAGCUACGGUUAACUGCGUAAUCGGCAAAGUUAUCCGGAAGAAGCUUUAUUAUAGUGUAACCACGAUUCUUUGUAAAUGAGCUGUGUUUGUUUUUAUUAUUUAAAAAAAUAUUAACUAAUACUUGAAGGUAAAUUAUUAAUAAAAUAAAAUAAUAAAUGCAAAUAUUCAGACAACUAUAAUUAAUAAUCGCGUUAAUUAUCGUGUUCGGUUACCAGUCCUAGAGCGCAAAUUAAUGGACGUAGGUUGAAUGCUACAAAACAUUCGCCUUUUCGGAUUGGACAAAAUAAAAAAAAAACAACGAUAAUAAAAACAAACGCAACGCAUACAGUAGUAGAAGUAAAUUUGUUAAUUUUUGUAAAUAAACAUCAAUAAAUCGUUUCUAUGUAAAAACCGUUUAGUUCUCAAUAAAAUUUCAGUAUUAAAAAUUGAUUUCGACAUGAAAAACUAUGAGAUAUCAUUACUGGACUUUGUUAUUACCCUAUAUUAUUGUUAACGCAAUCCUUGUAAUAUAUUUUAUUAAGAGGAAAGUCUUAAAUAGUAGUUAUUAGCUAUUAAUGUAUGAAUUGAAGAAUUUUAUUUUGAUUUUCUCUUUAUUAUAUGUAUAUGUACAAUAAAUUUGAGUUUGGAGGUCACGAAGUAUUGUAAAUAUAGUAACUAAUACGAAAAUCACGUCUCGCAGCGUCUCAACUUAACGGAAAGUAUGAUUACUAAAAUUUCUACAUAUAUAUUUGUAUUGUAUGAUUAUUGACGAUUUACUGUAUGAUAUGUUGUUUAC